AUGGCGCGGCGUCACCCCGCUGCCACCUCAGCCAAGCGCCGCGCCACCCCUCCAAACCCUAGCCCGCCCCCUCCGCCCGCCGACGGAUCGAUUCCGCUCCUCCACGCGGCGAGCCGCGGCGACCUCCGCCUCUUCAAGAGGCUGGUGAGAGAUCUGGAUAAGGGCAGGGGCCGUCCCAGGGAGGUGGUGGAGGCGGCCAAGGACCAAGGUCUCGUGGCGCUGCACUUCGCUGCCGGGAAGGGAAGGCUAUGGGUGUGCAGGUACCUGGUCGAGGAGCUAGGGGUCGAUGUGGACGCCGUCAAUGAUGGAGGUCGAACACCUCUGCUUGUGGCAUUGAUUCAUGGAAGCAUGAAUGCCGCCAGUUAUCUUCUUGAUCAUGGGGCAGAUCCAGGCAAAGCUGACUACAAAGGGUUCGCCCCACUUCACCAUGCUGCUAAAGCAGGAGACCUUAAAAUGAUGGAACUCUUGCUUGCAAAAGGAGUUUCUGUUGACCCAGUAUCUUCUGAAGGGACACCACUUUAUGCCGCUGCCUUGGAAGGGCAUGAUGAAAUUAUGCAAAUUUUGUUGGAGAACAACGCGGAUUGUAAUAAGAAAGUACCUGGUAUUGACACCCUUCUUCUUGUUGCUAUAAGUGCUCCCUCACUGAAAUGUGUCAAGCUCCUGGUUGAGGCUGGUCCGGAUGUCAAUGACGGUAUUCUACCCCCUUUAGUUAUUGCUGCUGAGAUGAAAGGCUCAACUGCAUGCUUGAAGUUGUUACUGGAAGCUGGUGCCGACCCUAAUAUUCCUGACCCUGUAAGAUUGCUGUACCUUUAUGCCAUGCCAUGCCAAUUACUUGAACACCACAACUGA